CUCCGCAUCCGCCUCCGCCUCCCCCUCCACUCCUCCCGCUGCCAUGCUUGCUCGCGCCCGCGUUCCUGCUCCGCCGAGAGAGCGCCCGAUUGCUCAGAGGUGCAAGCUCAGGGCGACCUCAAGGAGACACGCUCCCAGGUUUCAAGAAAGCGAUGCGUGCGGCCAAUCUUCGCGGCCUACUCUCCGAUGCAGCCGGGCAAGAGGAGGAGGAAGAGGAGGAGGAGGAGGAGAAGAAGAUGACGAGGCCGAGGACGAGGAUGAGAGGAAGGAGCUGGAGGAAUCCCCAGACCCCUGUCUGCAUUGGAGCGGCCAGUCACCGUGGCGCCGUGCAGGAAAAUGGCGCCGAGUUCCGCUGUGACGCACGCUGGCGGGGCCAAGGCGCAGCCAUGCAAAGGCGCAGUCACUCAAAUUCCGCUCGUUCGGCGGCGCGCCAACGGUGCGUGCCGAGGGAGAGCGACCUCCUCCCCUAUCCUCGUAGCAGGGUAGGGGGGGAGACGAGGAGGAGGAGAGGAUGAGGAGAAGGAAGGGCCGGGCUGACCAUCUACAGUUCAAUCUAGAAUAAACAACUGCCAAAAGGCCGGGUAAGCAUGGCCAGCUGGGGAACCUGCGUGGCGUUCGGUGCCGCCAAUAUGUAUGGUCACGUGGCGCGUCGUAGGCAAAACUCUACACUCUACAUUCUGCAGGUGGCAUAGGCCGUCCCUUGACUGCGUUCGAAGCAAUGUUAUAAGUUAUAACACAACGUUGACGUCAAGUUAUAAAGAAUACGAGCCGCGCCUGCGCUGACGGCGCCCGGGCUCCACAGGCGCAGGACGCGAGGACGCAGUUCGAACCUACAGAUUCUCGGGUUGGCGCCCCGCGCCUGGGCGUCGGCGGGGGGCGUUCGAGCCAGUGCGUGCGAUCUCGUCGCGGGAGGAGGGGUAGUCAGGACACACAACACAGCGCAACCAAUCCCAACCCCGCCAGGACCCCCACUCCCCUGGUGAUCCAGAGGGGGUCUGGCUUGGGGUGGGAGUAGCUUCCUGGCCCCCAGGCCACCCCAAACACGCCCCCGCCCCCGGCCAGGCACCCCGUGGAUCGCCAGGCCGAGGGUGGGGCCCUAGAGGGCGUGGGGGUGGGUUGAGCUGCC